AUGAAAGCAGUCACGUUGCUCCUCCAGGUCGCCCUACUCGCAGUGGCCAGCAGCCUGAGGACGCCCGACGUGAGGAGCAGGAGCCAAGAAAUGGUCCCAAAAGUGAACCAAAAGUACAUCCUCCUCACUGAAGUAAAAAGAAAAGGAAGAAGGCCACUCUACACAAACAUAAAUUUCCAUAACAUUGACAAAAGUGUGAAAAACGAGAUCAUAAAAAAAAAGGAAUAUAAUUACAACGAGACGAUAGCAGAUAAGCUCAGGAAGUUGAAAAAGUUGAAAAAUGUGCUGAACCAGUACUCCUUGCGGAUCAAUAAGGACGACUUAGACAACUUAAGACAGAGGGCAAAAGAGCUGGUCAGGACGAACAUUGAUUUUACGAGAAGUUACUAUGUGCAUGUGUAUAACAAGCUGAAGGAGGACUCAGGACUAAUUUUCGAUAAACUAAAACAUGGCUAUAACGUCUGCUAUGAUUAUAUUGGGAAUAGCUACCUGUACAAUGCAGUGCAGAACUACUGUCUUAGCUUACCCCUUCUGAGCAAGUCUGGUUAUCUGCCUAAAAUGGUCAAUUACAAUUCAGUUAACUUGCUAUUCAUCCUUUUUACUUUUCUAUACUUUAAGAGCGAUUUAAUUUACAGCCUUUUUAAAAAAAAAUAUGCUUUCAUUGGAGAGUUCAGAAACGUGAAGACGGACCGACUUGUGAAGAUGCAUACGUUAUCCACGUUGCUUUUUUUUUUUUAUAAGUUUUUUGUUUUACGGUUGUUCUUUGUUUUAAAUUCGUACAGUUUUUUUUCAAGGAAGCUAUCCAUGCUGAAUAACGUGGUGCACGUGCUUUUUUUUUCCUUUUUGUCUGUCUACCCGUACUUCCUCGUGCAGGCCAACUGGGGCAGCUUCCACUUGCUCGGCUCGCGCAGGAGCAAAAUCCUUGGAGGUGUUGUGCUCGCGCAGUUGCUGCUCAUCUACACGCGACUCAUGUGCCAGAACAACUGGACCUUCCUCAAAAAGUGGACGGACGAGCAUUUUUUUAACCGGGACGAAGUCAUGAAGGCGUUGAAGGAAGACCAGAAGACCGACUUCUACGUCAACCUCCUUAACCAGUACAGCUUUCUCAAGAGGCUCUACUUUGGCAACAACAAGUUCUACGAGAUCCUCCUCCACCUACAUAAAUACAAGUACCUCCUCGAUAUCAUUUCACCGAUCAAUUCCUUGUUCUACAUAUACAUUGCCCACUCGGCCUACUACUACCUGAACAAUUUGUCCUUCGCAGGCAUUUACAUUUCUUCCUUUUCGCUCGCCCUCUUCCUGCUGAGCGUUUUAUCGAACAAAAUAGACAUGUACUUCUUGACGCGCGCAUAA